GCGGGCCUUGUUACAGUCGCAGAGAUGUCCCAGCCAGGUGAGCUGGAUCAUUUACACAACAUGGACUCAGGCAGGCUAACCAGCUGACUUUAAUUUAUGUACAGAGUAUGGGAUGAAAUUAGAGGAUACAAGGACACUUGUUGCCGCCUCCUGUCAGGACACUGUUCCUGUUAGUGUCUGUUUGGUGUUAUUUAAGCUGAAUACAUGAGAGGAGCUGCCUUGGUGUCUGCUGUGUUCUCAGCCUGACAUGUUUGACUCAGACAGGUGAGACAUGCAACAUGGGCAGGAAUGGACCAAAGUGUGACUCCAGGAAGAGUCAGCUAUCAUGUCACGCAGCAAACUACAUCGGCUCCUCCACUCGGAGCUGAGCCGCCGGUGGAGUGUUUGUGAAAGGGGACCCCGCCAGCCUCCAUGGCUCACUCGUCAGACCCAUCCCGCAGGGAGAAGACCCCCGGGACCCAUGGAACCCACGGGUCACACACGGCUACACGCAACCUCUUACGGAAGAAGGAGCAGCGGCGGCGUGGAAUCCGAUCCUCCUCGCCCAUGGGCCGGGUCAUCCUCAUCAACUCUCCUGUGGAUGGCGGAGAUGACAGUGAGGACCUCCACACGAUCACAGUGGAUAAGAGUGUGGACGGCAAGCUCGGCUUCAGCGUGCGAGGAGGCUCAGAGCACGGCCUCAGCAUCUUUGUCAGUAAGGUGGAGGACAACAGCACAGCAGAGGAGGCAGGUCUGCUUGUAGGAGACAAACUGGUGGAGGUGAAUGGCAUCAGCCUGGAGAGCAUCACGAUGAGCAGCGCGGUGAAGGUGCUGACGGGCAACAACAGGUUGAGGAUGGUGGUGAGACGUGUCGGCAAAGUGCCCGGCAUCCGCUACUCCAAGGAGAAGACUACCUGGGUGGACUUGAUACACAGACGUAUGGUGGUGGAGGAGAGCGGACGGACACCUUCGGAUGCCAGCUCAGGAAGCGCCCUCCAAAGGAUCGUCCACCUUUACACCACCUCAGACGACUACUGCCUCGGCUUCAACAUCCGAGGGGGGAAGGAGUUUGGUUUGGGCAUCUACGUCUCCAAACUGGAUCCUGGUGGUCUGGCCGAGCAGAAUGGAAUAAAGAUGGGGGACCAGAUUCUGGCGGCCAAUGGCGUGAGCUUUGAGGACAUCAGCCACAGUAAUGCUGUGGAGGUGCUGAAGAGCCACACACAUGUCAUGUUGACCAUCAAGGAAGCAGGACGAUACCCUGCCUAUAAGGAGAUGGUGGCAGAAUACAGGUGGCUCAAUAAGCUGGCCAAUGGUACCCAGAAAUCUUCCUCCCAGGCUUCAGAAUCCAACUCCUCUGCCUCCUCUCUGUCAUCCGGGACCCCGGUCAGCUCUCUGAGCGGCCUGUCGCAGGUCAUGUUCCCUCCCAGCCUGCCGUUUGGUUCAGACAUGGUGGACGUCUGCAUCUCUACUGAGGACCAGAGGUCUGAGUCAGAGCGAACUGAGACCGCUAUGCAGACGGACCUUCCCUCUCAGAGGAUGGGUCCUGAAACCACCCGCAGCCUGGGUCGAACCACUCUGCUCAAAGACACGGUGAUCCGUGGAGACGAGGGUGGGGGGAGGCGAGAGUCCACCAAGACGGCCGUGCUGAUGGCUCUCAGCAGGCCGAGCCGACCAAUCAGCAGGUCACAAAGCCAAGUCACCGUGGCAGAGAUCACGCAGAAGAAGGAGAAGAAGCAGAAAGGGAAGGACCCAGAGGAGAAGAGCACCCUGCAGCGCUCAAAGACCUUCGUCAACUUGCUGUUCAAGGGUGGACGCCGGGGACGCUCCAAGUCUCCGUCCACACACAAGGCUGGCAAAGGAGGACAGCAGGUGAGUGCGAUGCCAAAUUCAGAGAUGCUCGGAGUGGUGGAGGACAUGGCCCGCAGGCUGCUGACUGAGGAGGAGGUGGCUGCUGUGAUGAAGACGUGCCGAAGGUAUGUGGCCGAGCGGUCAGUGGAGAACUUGAUACGCCACCUGCUGGCCGUGCUGGACAGGCCGGAGAAGCUGCUGCUGCUGAGAGAAGUCCGGAUGCUGCUUCCUCCUGCUGACCUGAGUGCAUUCAAUAACAUAGUGAUGCCGAUCGAAGCUGAGGCCUACGAAAUCCUCAAGUAUCGUUCAAUCCGAACUCCUCCUCUCCGCUCUCCCACAUCUGGUCGAGCACCCAAACGGCGCCUCAUCACUCCCAUCCCGGAUUACAGGGGAGGCUUUGAGCUCCACAAUGCCGAGGAGGUGGAGAAGGAGAGCCACCUGCUGGAUGAGCUGGAGAAGCUCAGUCUGUUUGGGCCCCGAGGAUCCAGGGAGAAGCCCCUUACCUCCAGGUCCUUCACCCCACUGCUGGACAUACCAGUGGACGGCUACAACACAGAGUCCAGAGACCUCAGACCCACCUCUGCCAGCCCCAUGCUCCCCAACUGGCUGCUGGCCCGCAGCCACGACUCCCGCCCUCCUUUCCGAACAGACAUCGGCACCAUUCGCUCCGUCCACUUUGACGAGGUUUCACUGCACUCGACUUCAGACACGGCCUCAGAGAGAGGAAGGUCCACGUUUAGAAACGGCCACUCCAAAAGCAAAACGGAGAGAAGUGGAGACAGGAGUGAAGAAACUGUGUUCACGCUGCAGAGUGCUGCUCGCAGGAGUCGGCCACUGUUGUCGCAGGUGUUCAGAUCGAGUCCAGAUCAGGGAGGGAAGGGCGAGCAGGUGAACGGACAUCAGGCUCCUUCUGAGAACGGACUCAACGGCUCCGAGCCUGAAGAGGAGCACGAGCUCAAAACUGUCAGCAUCUCCAAGACCAAACAGUCACUGGGCAUCAGUAUAUCAGGUGGGAUGGAGUCAAAGGUUCAGCCAGUGGUGAAGAUCGAGAAGAUCUUUCCUGGAGGAGCUGCCUCCACCUGUGAAGUGCUCAAGGCUGGAUUUGAGUUGGUGUCUGUGGACGGAGUCUCCUUGCAAGGCGUGACCCAUCAGCACGCUGUCGACAUCAUCCGAAAAGCCUUCAGCAAUAAGGCCAAAGACCCCAUGGUGUUUGUGGUCAAAGUCCCCAAAAACAUUUUGAAAGGAGACUGAGACUCUCAUCAUGACUUUAGGAAUAUUCCCAGUGAUAAGCAGCUGUUGGGACUGAACACAGAAACAGAGACUUGAAACACACUGAUCUGAGGUCAGGUAUGUAAUUUUGCCAUUCGUCUUAAAGUUUGUUAGAGUUGGGAAUAAUUGCGUGGACUCUGGUGACUGUUGAGCAACUAAGCUGAAAAACCGAAAUGGCCUGAAGCAGCAGAUGACGGCGUUCAAGGAUGAAGCAAAUGAGGAAUACUGUCACUGAAUUAUUUAAAGACAAAGUGAACACAGAAGCAGCAGAUUACAUUUACAGUAAAAGAGUCCUGAAAGCCUGAAAUCAUGAAAAUAUGGUGCUGGUUUAUCACAACCCAGGAGCCAACGCUCAUCAAGAACAUUUCUUUUUACUAUUUAUGUCACAUUGUACAGAGGACAGGAGGUGCCAGAAUAAAAAAAAAUAUUUAAAAUAAAUUAAAAAUUACUUGGUUAAUAAAUUUGUCUGUAAAUUUAAAGAAAUAAUAGAUAAAUAAACAUUUAAAAAUAAAUCUAAAUUAAAUAAAAAAUCAAAGACUAAAUGAAUUUAAAUAUUUAAAAAAAAAUUAAAUAGUAAAGAAAUACAUAGGAGAAUUAAUAAAAAGGUACGUAAAGAUAAAGUCUGCAGUUCUGGAAAAAAAUAGUUGAUUGUUGAGCCUUAAAUUAAUUUAUUGAGUCAUUUAUUUUUUUAUUUCGGCAGCUUCUGUCCUCCAUAGUAUGACAAUCCUCUUAAAAAAAAGUAGUGCAGAAGUCUGUGUUUGUGUUUCUGAAUGUCCAGAGGAUCUGAAAUCAUGAAAAUAUGGUGCUCCUGAUGCCUUAAUAUUUCACUUUAUCACAACUGAAAUGAAUAACAUUUAAAAAUAAAUCUAAAUAAAACAACAUAUAUUUAAAUACAAAAAAAAUAAAUAGGAAAAUUAAAUAGGAGAGUAACGGAGAAUCAUUACAGAGGUAUAUAAAGAAGAAAAUUAAAGAUUAAAUCUGUAGUUCUGAAGAAGAAUAGUUGAUUGUUGAGUCUCACCAAGAGUGUCGGAUGUUGACAAUCUGGGAAUAAGACUCAACAAUCAACCCUCUUUAUCCAGAAAUAUGAACUGCACUUUUAAAACAGAAUAUUAAAUCUUUUAAUUAAUGCCUACAUUUAUUUUUAAUAUUAUUUUUGAUACAUGCAAUGGCAUAUUCAUUUAUUUAUUGAGUCAUUUAUUUUUUAUUCUGGCAGCUUCUGUCCUCCAUAACAAUGACAAUCCUCUAGAGAAACUUAGCACAGAUUUCCAUGUGUCUGAAUUUUUGAAUGUGCAGAAUGUAACCUGAGUGCCUUUAGCAGCCCUGUUGACUGAAAAUAUAAUGCAGUUAAGCUGAAAUGUAGAUUCUGACCUGCAGAGGGCAGACAGGAGACAUUCAGAGACAUUUCUGCUGUGCAGCAGCUAAUGAGGAAUACUUUGAACUCAUGAAACCACAAACCGUAAAACAUCACCUAAAUAUAAACACAAUGAGAACUGAAGAGCAAAUAAUCCAGAUUGUUGCAGGAGGGAAUGCAACCCAGACUAAAUGGUCAUUGUACAUACUGGAAUUUCAACACAAAUAAACUCAUAUUUCAGUAAAAACGCUUUACAAAGACAUUGCAUUGGAAUGUAUAUAAUUUAAGUGAAAAAAAAAAACAAAAAACAAUCUGCUGUAGGAUUUUUAAGUUGUAUGAUGUUGAACAAAUCUGAAUGUUCCACACACGGCUAUUAAAUUGUCUUUUUUUUAAUUAAAAACAUAGUAUGUUUGUUCAAGAAAUGUACAGCAUGAAAAUAUACAUUUAAUGUCUUCAUACAAAUAUCGUGGAUUAUAAAAUUAUACUGAGGAACCGGAACAAACAUCCACACGAACAUUAUUAAACAGGCGUCGUAUCUGCAGGAACAAAAUAUAAUAUGCAACAUUGCUUUGGUCUAUUCACAGUGGCUAUGUUUUUUUUAUUUUUGAGACGGACAG